GCGGCCAAUCCCGGGACCCGGCGGCUCGUUCCUCCUCCUCCUCCUCCUCCUCCCUCCCCGGCUCGGGGAGGCCCGGCCUCAGCCAAUCGGCGGCGCCGCCCGCGCCGGCUCGGCCACCCCAGCCCCGCCAGCCAGCAGCCCGGCCGCCGCCGCCGCCGCUGCCGCCGCAGUGGCCGCCCCUGCCCUAGCCCCGAGGCGCCAGGACCCCGGGCAGCCCCGGCAGCGGAGCGCAGGACCCAGCGCCGGGUCAGAGCUGGCAGAUGGGAGAGCCCCAGCAGACUGGAUGAAGCCGGCGUGGGCACCAUGUCAUCAUGCGUCUCUAGCCAGCCCGCCCCCACCCCCUCGGAGAGACCUGCAUCUCGGGAUGAGAACCCAAAGUCCCGUGAGGCCCUUCACGGGCUCUCGUCCCUGAGCCUCCACCUGGGCAGCAUGGAGUCCUUCAUUGUGGUGACUGAGUGUGAGCCUGGCUGUGCCAGUGGGGCGCAGGGCCAGGACCAGCCGGAGGAGCAGAUGGAGCAGGGCGGGGAGGAGGAGGAGGUUGUCCAGGCACCCACAGACCCCGGGCCCCAGGCCCGGCCCCAUCUCUCUAGCCGCAAGCUGUCCCUGCAGGAGCGGUCCCAGGCCACCCCGUCCCCUGGAGGGAGUGGGAGUGUCAACGGCCGCUUUAUCUACCCCUCUCUGCCCUACUCUCCAGUCAGCUCGCCCCAGUCCUCUCCCCGGCUGCCCCGCAGGCCCACAGUAGAGUCUAGACACGUCUCUAUCACCGGGAUGCAGGACUGUGUACAGCUUAACCAAUACACGCUGAAAGAUGAGAUCGGGAAGGGUUCCUACGGAGUGGUCAAGCUGGCUUACAAUGAAGACGACAAUACUUACUAUGCCAUGAAGGUGCUUUCCAAAAAGAAGCUGGUGCGGCAGGCGGGCUUCCCACGUCGCCCCCCACCCCGUGGCACCAAACCCGCCUCGGAAGGCUGCAUCCAGCCCAAGGGUCCCAUUGAACAGGUCUACCAAGAGAUUGCUAUUCUCAAAAAGUUGGACCAUCCCAAUGUGGUGAAGCUGGUGGAGGUCCUGGAUGACCCAAAUGAGGACCAUCUGUACAUGGUGUUUGAGCUGGUCAACCAGGGGCCUGUGAUGGAGGUGCCAACAGUUAAGCCGUUGACUGAGGAUCAGGCCCGGUUCUACUUUCAAGAUCUGAUCAAAGGCAUUGAAUACUUGCAUUACCAGAAGAUCAUCCACCGGGAUAUAAAGCCUUCCAACCUCCUGGUUGGAGAGGAUGGACAUAUCAAGAUCGCUGACUUUGGUGUGAGCAACGAAUUCAAGGGAACCGAUGCCCUCCUCACCAACACUGUGGGCACUCCCGCCUUCAUGGCGCCUGAAACGCUGUCCGAGACUCGGAAGAUCUUCUCUGGGAAGGCUCUGGACGUAUGGGCCAUGGGAGUGACCUUGUACUGCUUCGUCUUUGGCCAGUGCCCUUUUAUGGAUGAACGGAUCUUGUCUUUGCACAGUAAGAUCAAAAGCCAGGCUCUGGAGUUCCCAGACCAACCGGAUAUUGCCGAUGAUCUGAAAGACUUGAUUGUCCGCAUGCUGGACAAGAACCCGGAGUCCAGGAUCAUCGUUCCUGAAAUCAAGCUGCACCCCUGGGUCACAAGGCACGGGGCGGAGCCGCUGCCCACGGAGGAUGAGAACUGCACCUUGGUGGAGGUGACGGAAGAGGAGGUGGAGAACUCUGUCAAACACAUCCCCAGCCUGGCAACUGUGAUUCUUGUGAAGACGAUGAUCCGUAAACGAUCUUUUGGGAACCCCUUUGAGGGCAGCCGGCGGGAAGAGCGCUCUUUGUCUGCUCCUGGAAACCUGCUCACAAAAAAACAAACAGGGGGAUGUGUGCCCUUCCUGGAGUCCAAGCAGGAAGCAAGGCAGCGAAGACAGCCUCAGGGGCACCGACCUGCCAAAUGUGGGGGAGGAGGAGGUGGUCUGGUGAAAAUGGCCACAGGAGUGGAAGUCCAGGCCCCCGGCCCCCCGAUGGAUGACGGGCACCGGCCGCUACCCCCACCAGGAGAAGAAGUGAUGGAGCCCGAAUAACCUCAGCUGGGCAUGUCACGGGGCCCCGUGCUGCCAACACACACUGUCUCCAUCGCCGCAUGUCUACCAAAACUGACCACUUGUGUAAAGUGUCGCCCGUCAUCUUCGGUUGUUUCUUUUCCGUUGUCGUUUUAAGGGGUGGGGGUGGGGGGGAGGCAUGGCAUCUACUCCAGGACUCGGAUGUUGGCCUUCAGCCGGCUGGCCGGCCAAUGGAGAGGAGCUGCGGGCUCCCCAGCUGGACGCCGUGAGGGUGAGGUGGCGGAUGGGGCGACUCCUCCAGAGAGAAAUGUUUGAUGCCAAAUAUUUCAAGUCUUGUCAAAUGGGCCGGGCUGCCGCGAGUGAGUGUCCCAGGGCGUUCCUUUGGCAAAGCGGCCACCUAGGAAACGUUGCCCCCCUCUCGUUCUUGACUCGCCUCCUCUCCCGAAUGGUGCCAGGCUCCGGGCAGAGUCUGAAUAGCCCCGGUGAGUCUCAUUCAUCCCAAGGACUUGCAUUCGCCCCUGGCCUCCAUCCCUCACUGGUGAAGGAUGUUCCUUAUUCAGACAAACGAACUUGUGGAUGUAGAAUGAACUUGGGAACGGAAGGGCUCCCCAUUCAUCGAGGAGUUGGGGGGGGAGCUCAGGGAGGGUGUGCAGUCCCCCUGGGGCUCAAUCUGUUGUUAGCUUCCAAAGGGCAGCACAAAGGAGAGUGCAUUUCUGAAAUAGAUGACUGAGCUAAUAUGUUUAUUACUGUUAACUUAAAAAAAUUCAGGGUGAGAUCCAACACUUCCAUGUACAUUACAUGGCUUAAGAUUUUUAAUUAUUUGAAUAGGUUAGAAUUUAGAGUUCAGAAAUUAUCUAGACAUCAGCUUCGUGCUUUUCAAAAAUAAAAUGCUCUCUUUAGAGCUUCUGAAGGGAGGAACGGGGACUUUCAGAACUGCUGGGGCGGCGUCUCCCUCUCCAGCAUCUUCUCUUGUACAUGGGAGAGGCCGCUGGUGUCUUGUUUCCACCUUCUAUAAUACCAGCUGGCUGUAGAGCUGGUGAGUUCUUGGGCUGCCGUGCAGGAAGUUUCCUCCCAGCUGUCACGUAUAUGGUAAAUCUUGCCGUGAAACCUUCCUGGAAAGCCACGAGGUCACUUCUGGUCUACAUAGCAGUCCCCAGGUGGCAGGUGAGCCGGGUCUCUGCUGUCACUUUGAGAUGUUCUUCCUGGUGGUAGAAAAUGGGAAUAAGUUCCUUUUUUCUCUUCCCACCAAGAGCAUGACUAUGCAUUCUUUUUUUAGCUUGGAAUCUGCUUCCUGCCAGAUACACAGGUCGGUCCUAUCUGAGGCCCCAACAAAAGGGGAAUUAGCAAGGUUCCACCUUGGUGUCUUGGCUCCAAAGCACACCUUUCUUACACAUUCUAAGAGCUCCGAUUGGAUGGAGUCCUUCAGGCUCCUGGGACGACUUGCACUAGUCCGAAUGGCUCAGUAGCCACAGAGAUGAGCAGGGCCUGGUGCCCUCCUAGAGGGGUUUGGGCUCCGUCCCUUUCCCCUUGAGCGCUGCUUGGGCAGACGCGCUGCCUGUCCUAGAGCACGAGACACAGGCGGGUGAGAGGCAGAGUCAGGAAAGCCAAGGGCUCAGUCAGACGGCUUGCUGUUCUGACAUCCAACCAUUAACGCGGUUUCCUGGUUGUCUUUGACCCCAGACUGCAUCCUCAACGGCACAACUUUGAAUCGACACGUGGUUGGCUCCUGCCAGGCGCCUCUUGGAGGUGGCGACUGUUAAUCUUAGACUUAGUCCCGGGGUGCGCGAUGGCCGGACAGUGCACGGACCUGGAACCGAACCUCCCUUCUGUUUACAUAACUGCAUCGGGCCGUCACAUUUUCAGGGGUCUUGGGUCUCACUGUGGUUUCUGAUGUCUGCGCUGCGGGUCAGCCAAAGAUCAGAGAUUUAUAGCUAAAAGGGACCUUAGAGGUCAUCGAAUCCAGCCCCCUCCCCUUUAUUUUACAGAUAGAGGAAACUGAGGUUAGAGACUGGCCCGAGGUCACACAGGCGGUCCAUUGGCAGGGCCAGGAUUCAAACCCAGAGUCUUUGACUUUAAAUUCAUUUAUUUUCAGGCCAAUCUCACACCAGGGUUUUCAUGGUAUAGUCAGGAGGGCACUUCCUUUGGCACAAAUUUUUUGGAGUUCAAGUCCUUAAAAAAAAAAUUAAAAGCACAGCUAUUAGGGAAGAUGAAUGACCCCUGAGGACCUUGGGCUUUUUUUUUCCCCCCAAGUCCAAGCAACAGUUGAGUAAAUGCAAACAUGGAAGAAAAGGGCACUCAGCCUUUCUUCCUUCCCCUGUUUUGAAGAGAGACAGAGAAUAAGGACGUGGGUUCAAAUCUUAUCUCUGUCCUUUAUGAGCAGUAUAAUAACCUUGGGCCAAUCCUCUCUCUGGACCUCAUGUGUGUAUGGGGGCCGAGGUCCCUUUCUAACUCCUAAAACAACGAUCCCAGAGCCCGUUUCAUCAUUCUGCCAAUUUUCUGUCUUGGAGGUCAGAGUUUGGUGGAGGCAGCUUGGGUGCGUGUUGGGGGUGAGGGGAGGGAGCCUCCAAAUCAGCCUCAGAGGCAAGCAGCUCUGGCCACCUCAUGGGUCUCUUUUCUCUCUUUCUCCUCUCUUCAUUUUCCUUCCAGUGGCAAUGUGUGGGUCCUGCAGAUCCCAAUAUUAGCAUCCAAGAUGUGACUCUCCCUUCCCUAGUUAGGAUUGCCCCCUCCUCUAUUUCUCGGCAGCAGUGAGUUUAGUGCUUCUCGAAACGAUAGAAAGCUGUGGUUUCCACUGGCCUCCAGAAAUGCCGGGGAAAAGAAAGAGGCUGAGCUGGGCUUGAGCUCCAUCUUCUCUAUGGUUCAUGGGAUGCAGCAGGUUUGGAGAGAUUGCUGCUGCCUUUUCCAUUCUGUGGUUUCUUCAAUGCCCGAUGCUUGUAUUCAUUCCUAGUCCUUUUUACUAUGCAUUUUCCUUUUAUCAGGUGUACAGAGUUAAAUACUGUGUAUUUAUCACUUAAAUGACAUGAACUUAAGAGAAAAAAAAUGAAACUUUGGUGUUUUUUUUUUUCCACAGAUGUUGAAGCUUCUCUGUAAACUCAAAAUAAACAGAUAGCAAAA